CUCUUUUCUUAACAGCGACAGAGGAAGAACCACUAUUGUUUUUAUCGACAGUUGCAGCAGGCUGUCCACGAAAAUAUCACUUUUUAAACAACAAAAUCCUCCUUUAUUUUUCUUUUAACCUGCAGUCAAAAGGUUGGGCAGAAUGACGACCAAGCGCAGGCUGAUCACAGACUCAUACAGAGUGGUGAAGAAAGAGAGAAGAGGAGGAAAACGACAGAGGAGCCCCACUCCUCCCCCCACCCCAGAACAAAUAGAAAGUGAAGCUCGUCAAGAGGAUCUGCAGAGACUCAAACAGUUUGAUCUGGACUGGAGAUUUGGGCCCUGCACAGGAAUCAGUCGCCUGCAGAGGUGGGAGAGGGCCCAGCUCCACGGCUUGAAUCCUCCACAAGAGAUCAAGGAGCUUCUGCUGCAAAGCGCACAAGACCUUGAGCUCACAGACAGUUUGUGGCGUGAAUAUCCGUUUUAAAGAAGACACUACAAAGUUUUCCAUCUUCAAAUAAGGGAAUGUAAGACAUGUACUACAUUGCUUAUAAUGCAAUGCAACUACAUCAUGCACAUCUAUCCGAGUAUAACUUGAGUAUUACUUGAGUAUAACUUGAAAUAAUGGGGUUUGUUGACCAUUUUUAUAUUGACAUUUAACCCUCUAGGUUUUAGACAAGUUUUUUAUUAUGCUACUUUUAUAACUGUUCUUUGUAUUUUAAAGACAUUCAUUACUACAUGUCUUACUCUUUUAAUAUGUUAUUAUCUACCAUUAUAACUUUAUUUUACAUGAAUGACUCUUUAUUUGGGUGGUAUACUUUAGUGUGUGUCCAGAAAAUUAUGUAAUGUUUUGCUUUUUAUUGCUAUAGUAUUCUUAUAUAAAACAUGUUGUAUCCUUGUUUUGGUAACUUAAAAAUAAAAUAAUAUAUAAAAAGUGGUUUUGCCAAAUUCUACAAAUCCUUGUAAUGUGAAAAGACCGGCCUACAUGUGUUACAUUAGUUCCUACAAUAUACAGAAGUAUAUUGUAUUUCAUAUUUAUUACAGUUUUUAGGAAGUAAUUUACUGAGAUUAAUUUGCAUUUUAAUGAAGAUUUAUGCAUUUUGACCAAAAAUAAACUAAUCUGCCAUUGAUGUCAUAUUAAUUAUGUCUUACUGGCUAUACGCAGAUCAUGAUGCUUACCGACAGAGGGGAUGCAUGAUCAAAGCUGCUUCAACUACAUGUAAUCUGAAUGUUAACAAUAAUUUAAUAUUUUUCUUAUUCAGCCCUAUUUUGGGCUUCCUUUAAAUUACCAAUGUGACAAACUAUUGUAACUCUAAAAUUUCACAUCACAAUGGACAUGAGAUUACCUCCAAAGCAAUUUUGUUUAGCCAAUAAUAUAUCAAUAAAAAUGAAUUAAACUGUCUUUA